CACUCAACUUUCAUUUUGUAAACAGAAAGUUAUUGACAUUUUGUAAAAUGUUUGAUGUCGUAUUUGAAUGGAAUCUAUAGAUCACAUGUUAGACAUGAUGGAAAUCGGAAAUGAUUUACAAGAAGCUGUACUUGAUGGUAACGUUGAUCUUACCAUAAAUUUGUUAGAAAGCAGAAAAUUUGACCUAAACAAGCGAGACAAACAAGGGCGCACUCUACUCCACUAUGCAGCAUGCAGAGGCCAAUGUGAGAUAGUCGAACUUCUUCUAGAACAAGGGGCAAAGGCACACUUAAAAGACAAGAAUGGAAACACUCCUCUUCAUUGGUGUGGUCAUGCAGAGGUUAUUGAUCUUCUUAUUAAUCAGGGAGCAAAAGUAGAUGACAGAAAUUGUAUAGGAGCAACACCUAAAGAAAUGGCUAGGAGAAGAGGAGUGCCGAGAUCAGUAUUACAAGUAUUUGACCAGUAUAAGAAGGAAGAAGAAGUAUCUCAGAACAAUUUGAAAACAUUGUUUCACGAGUUUAGCGAAGAACUUGGCAUUAAGAAUCUCCUAUUACUGAUACUUUUACUAUUAUUUAUUUCUGUUUAUGCAGCAUAUACUAUUACAGGGCUGUCUUCACAUCUAAAGAGAGCAAACCCUAUUAUUGUGUAAAUAUCUGAUUCUGUCCGGCCAAAUAAAAAAAGAUGUGUGUUUCCUUUUACCCUACCCUUCAUUUUUUAAGCUCCAAAAUAGCCUACCCUUAAGUUUCUUUUGUCAUUUACAAUAAGCACUGUUAAAGUCAGAAUAUCCUUUCCAUAUUGACUCAAUGUAAAAAAAAAAGGUGAAAUAAAAAAAAUCCCUUUCUACCUACCCUAUUAUUUUCAAAUACGUAAUCAAUGGUAAUAGGAAACACAUACAUGUUUAUUAAUUUUUGUGGCCUCAGUCUUAAUUUUUGAAUAUUUGUGAGUUAUGAAGUUUUUGUCAAAAUUAAUCACUCACUAUUUUGAAAGGUUUUUGUUGCAUGUUGUUUUUCAGCCUCAUAACAGACUUUUACCACCAAAACAAAUAAGUGCAAAUAAUAAUUGAAUAAAAAUUUCUCAAUUACUCUUGGAAGUAUCAUCUCAAUUGAAAUCUGGAUUUCAAAUUAAGUAGUUAUAUUCCAUAUUUUCAAUUCUAUUAUAAUUUAUCCCAGCAGUACAAUUGAUAGAAGGAGUCAACUAUUUUUUCGCCGAGGCCAUAUAAAAUAAAUGUGUGGUUCCAUUUACCCUACUUACCUUUCUUUUUAGUCAUAAUAAAAGCCUACCCUAAAGAUUUUUGUGAUUUUUAAUUAGGCACUAUUAAAGUCAGAAUUUUGCUCCCAAAGACUUAAUGUAAACAAAAAACAGAAAAUUAAAAAAAAAACUACCUACAUGUAUACCUACCCUAUUUUUUUGUAACUGGAACUACACAUACUAUUUUAUUUGGCCUCAUAUUUUCAAGUGCAUUUAUAUAUUACAUUGAUUUGUGUUGUAACAUUGUCUCAAGUAAAUUCAUUUCUUUGUAACUGUAAAUUGAGUCAAUUUUCAAAAAUAUUUUUUCUGACUCAAUUUAAACAGUCCAAUGGGAAUGUCAAAGUAGUUCAUGUUCUCCAUUAUAUUUUUUCUGGUUCAUCUGACACAAUUUAUAUAAAUGUAUACAAUGCAGUUUAAACAGAAAAAAAAAAAUUUAAUUUUGAAAAAAAAAAUCAGUUAAAGGGAGAUAAUUCAGUACAACAUUUGGAAAGGAUUAUUUUGAUAGACAAAAUCAGAUGUUUGCUGUUUUGAUUACUUCCCUUUGCAUGCUAUAUGAUAAAGUGAUUAUCUAGAUGAAAAUGUCAGUUGUAUGAAGACUUUCGUAUGUUACUCCUGAAAACUUUGCUUUUAAUGGACAUUUUUUUUAAAUUCUUGGUCUUAAAUGGUCAUAAUCAAAUUGCUUCAACAUUAUCAAAAGAUAAGUUUAUAUGGCAUUGAAUUUAACUUUUAAGGAUAAACAUGGAUAUAAGAACUGCCAUGUGACUAUAUUAUUCAAGAAAAAAUAUGGUUUCAAGUAAUUAUUUAAACAUGAUAAAAAUGAUUACAGGACAAAAAAUUUAACACUUUUCUUUUAAUUUUUAAAUUAGAAAAGUUUUUGAUAUGAAGAUAUGAUAUCCAUUUAAAAAUAAAAUAAGUUCAAACUUCAACUGAUUGUUUUUUUACUUAUUUUCUAUGAUUUCUAUUUUUUUAUUUAUUUGUUUUAUUAUUUUUGGGAUGUGGAUUAUCCCAGAAUUGUUAUUUUUGUACUAUUUUUUUUUUAUAUUACUGUGUUGCAAGCAAUUAUUAGAUUGUUAAUUUUCUCUCAAUAUUCACUUUAAAAAAACAUAUUUUGUUAUGUAAUAUGUUAUAUGAAUUGUUAUAUUACAUUAUUCAAGAACUCAUUUCAUCAGAUUUUUUAUGAAAAUCACUAGACUGUUAUUAUUAGGUAUUCAUUAAAUAAUUCCAUUUGAAAUAUAAUUUCUUGUUGAUAACAUACAUUUUUUAUUUUAACUUGUUAAAGUACAGCAGUGUCUAAGUUUAUAUACUUAAAUUUUCCUGGAAUAGAGCUAAGUAUAUGGACACCAAAAGUUCAGGUUAUAAAAUAGAUCCUCAUUAAGGAAUAAAUUCUCCAUAAGACCUGUAUUUAAAGUUUAAUUUUCAGAAUAGGAUUUAAUGACCAACACCACAAUCUAUCAGAGUUAAAAUAAUGAAUAGUUUUAAAAUAGGGUUUUUUUCUCUUUAAAUAACAUAUUAGAGGUCUACCAAUUAUGUAAAAAUUAUCAUAAAUUUCAAUUUUCUCCUAAUUUAUUCAAAAGAGGCAAAUUUUCAUUAGUUUUUAGAUUGGUAACAUUUUGUAUUAUGCAUUCAUCAACAAAAACAAUUGUACAUUUAGGAACGACAUCAAAGUUCAAUGGAGGAUAAAAAACUUAAUUCACAUAGUUUUUUCACUGACCCCCCCCCCUUUCCUUUACUUAAUUUGGGAAAAAAUGAUUGACCCACCCAUAUAGAUAUAUGUAAAAAUCAAUGUCAGAUAACCACAUCUUGCAGCAGUUAUUAAAGAAAUAAAGCUUAAUAAUAAUUGUUUUAUUAACUCUCUUAAGUUUUAUUAUGCAUUUAACUGAACCAAUUUUCAUCUAGAAAUAAUGGACUAAAUAUUGAGGUGGUGUAUUGGCCGUUUACUAAAUAUUUCAUAAAGAAUAAAUAGGGGGAAUCAUUUCUUGUUAAAUAUGGUGGGAAAUUAUCUAAAUCAGCUGCUGUGAAAGAAAAGUAGUGAUUCAUGAUUCUUGUUUUUCUGCUAUUUCACAAAAUAGUGUAAAUUUCAAUUGAUUUGCAGUUAAAUUAUGUAACGCUUGUAUCUGCAUUGAACACCUUAAAAGAGUUAUCUCUCCUUGCAAAAUCAGAAUUUCAGGAAAGAUGAUUAAUUGCAUCUCUUAAGGGUGUAGACCUUGAAUCAGGGAAUUAACUCUUUGAAUCAGUUAUCUGCUUUUUUAAAGUCAAUAUUCAUCAAUGUAAUUUAAGCAAUUACCUGAAACGAAUUUGAAAUAAUUUAUUUAAUUCAGAAGCUAAGAAUAUAUUCAUGAAAAUGGUUGACACAAACAUACUGAUAUAAUUUUAUUUUCCAUAACCUAGGUGUAGCUCCUUAAUGCAUGCAUGCAUAUCUACAGAUUUGUAAUUUCAGCUGGAUUAUAUAUUGUCAAAUAAUCAAAUAUUUAUACUUUUUAUCCAGAGUCAAGUUCUAUGUUGUAUACAGAGUUUAUUAAAUAUGUUAUUUUUAAAA